AUGAUCCCUCCCCUCGUCUUCCUGCUGCUGUGGUCGGCGUCGGCAUACGCCGUCCCGACCGUUCUUCAACAAUCCGAGCCGGAGCUCGAACGCCGCACCCUCACGGUCCCCGUCCGAGCCAAUCCGAACUACAUUUCGAACGGCCCGGCCGCUCUCGCAGCCGCCUACCAACGGUGGAACAUGCCCGUUCCAGAGUCGCUCGCCAAACAUAUGUUGACCCGGCGCGAGGGAUACUCCUGCAACAAUGACUAUUACUGGCUGACGGACGUCUUCGUCGGAUCAGAGCCGCAGAAAUUGCCCGUCAUUAUCGACACGGCAUCGUCUGACUUCUGGUUGAUGACCACCGACACCAACUUUGGCACGGCAGCCGUGAAUGGGAUGCCCGCGCUGUACGACCCCUCAAAGUCAGGGUCGAGGAAAGAAGCCCCCGGGGCAACUUGGGAGUCAUCGUACAUUGAUGGUUCCACCAGUUCCGGCAAGGUGUACUUCGAUACUGUUUACUUCGGUCUAAUGACGGACAACAACCACUUCAACAUCGCCAACGUAACAAUCCAAUCCGUCGUCAGUGUCGCCCCGCGAUGGGCCAUCGAACCCAAGAUUAGCGGUGUCAUGGGACUCGCCAAGAGUAAGCCCUCGUCCGUCAAACCCGGCAUGCCGUCCAUGAUCGAUCGUCUCAAGCCGGAGCUGCAUUUUGAAGAGAUCGGUAUCGACCUUCGACCCAACUCGGACAAGGGAUUCUUCUCUUUUGGAUACUCCAUGGGCACCGCGGACCAUCAGGAGCCGCCGAUGGACGACGAUGAGCACUGGAGUUUCGAGCUCAAACAAACGCGCACGAGCUCCAUGCCCGACAAGGUGUGGUACAGGUUCACAGGGCGUACCAUUGCCACCAUUGAUACUGGUAGCAGCUUUGUCCUUCUUCCUGGCGAUAUUGUCGCCCAUUAUUACGCAGACAUUCCCGACUCGGCUCACGACCCAAAGCUGGAAGCCUGGGUCUUCCCGUGCUCUUCGGCCUCAAGCAUUCCUGACAUGCAGUUCAGGACUGCAGGUGGAUACGUAGGAACGAUUUCCAAGGAGUCCAUCAAUCUUGGCCCGGCGCCGGGAAACUCCGAAAUGUGCUUUGGUGGGAUACAAGGAAGCGGUAACGCCCGCCGGGCCAUCUUCGGAGGAGUGGCCCUCAGGAGCAUGUACGUUCAAUUGAAUUAUGGAACGGCUGGAAGUUUCGUUAGCUUUGGGGAAAAGGGCUCGCUCGAUGUUUGUUCGACGACCACAGCCUGUGACGUGUAG